AUGGGCAACCUCCAAUUUCCGCCCAACCCGACAAGCUAUCGAAGGACAGGAUGGCAAAUCUUUCUCAUGCUCCUCAUGGGUAUGAACUACCUCAUGGACCACGACCCGCGCCACGUCCAGUUUAGCAAGGACCUGCGAGCCAAGCGGAGAGCAAAGACACACUGCCACAAGUCUGGCUUCAUCACAGAACUGCCCGAUGACUAUGACGACGAGAACAAGCAUGCGUAUAAUCCGCUGUUCGCCCACGCUCCUCGCUCUGCGAAUGUCCAUCACCCUUACAAGGAUCCUCCUUCAGUAGCUCGAAAUGGGAAGGAAGCGUGGCCAUAUCCGCGCAAAGAAUUCCACCACGAGCCUCAUGUGGAGAACGACUCCUCAAGGCACGGUCCGAAGCCGACGAGUCGCAUGCAAAUGAGGGAUGCGUGGACGAGAAUGAGGGCUGUGACCAAAAGGCCUUUAGACUAUGUCAGAUAUAUGGAUAGCAGGAAGAAAAGAGUUACCUUUGACAGGGAUGUUCAGUGGUACAUCUAUGUCCGCAACGAGGAUGCGUGUGAUGGAGACAGCGAGGUGGAGAUGGAUGAGCGGCAAUGA